CCUCGCGCAGUUCUCGCCGCGCAGCUGUCCCCCGCCGCCGUCCAGUUACCUUUUGACUGCCACAUAUGGACUCCCGGAGAUCUCCAGAGGAAACUGUCCUCAUUACAGGAGGGAGUGGCUAUUUUGGCUUUCGCCUCGGCUGUGCUCUGAACCAGAAGGGAGUCCAUGUGAUUCUGUUUGACAUCCAUAGGCCUGCUCAAGACAUUCCAGAAGGAAUCAGGUUCAUAUGUGGAGACAUCCGCCACCUCUCUGAGGUGGAGAAAGCCUUCCAGGGCGUGGAUGUGGUGUGUGUGUUCCAUGUUGCUUCUUACGGUAUGUCAGGGCGCGAACAGCUAAACCAAACCCUGAUCGAAGAAGUCAACGUGGGUGGAACCGACAACCUCCUCCUUGCCUGCCAGAGGAGAGGGGUGCCCAGAUUCGUUUACACCAGCACCUUCAAUGUUGUCUUCGGAGGUCAAGUCAUCAGAAAUGGGGACGAGUCUCUGCCAUACCUGCCUCUUCACCUGCACCCUGAUCACUACUCUCGAACCAAAUCUAUUGCAGAGAAGAAGGUGCUGGAGGCAAACGGUUCCAUCCUGGAAAGAGUCGAUGGUGUCCUAAGAACCUGUGCUUUGAGGCCAGCCGGCAUUUAUGGGCCUGGAGAGCAAAGGCACCUUCCCAGGAUAGUGAGUUACAUUGAGAGGGGCCUCUUCAGGUUUGUGUACGGGGACCCCAGGAGCCUAGUGGAGUUCGUCCACGUGGAUAACUUGGUGCAGGCCCACAUUCUGGCCUCAGAGGCACUGAAGGCUGACAAGGGCCACAUUGCCUCUGGGCAGUCCUACUUCAUCUCAGAUGGCCAACCUGUGAACAACUUCGAGUUCUUCCGACCCCUGGUUGAGGGUCUGGGCUACACCUUCCCCUCUACCCGCCUGCCAUUGACCCUCAUCUACUGCUUUGCUUUCCUGACAGAGCUGAUCCACUUCAUCUUGGGUCGAUUGUACAACUUCCAGCCCUUCCUCACCCGCACUGAAGUGUAUAAAACUGGUGUCACUCAUUACUUUAGCUUAGAGAAAGCCAGGCAAGAGCUGGGUUAUGAGCCCCAGCCCUUUGACCUACAGGAAGUGGUGGAGUGGUUUAAGGCCCGGGGUCAUGGCAAAAGUCCUGGAAGCAGAGACUCCAAGUGUCUUAUUUGGGGUGGUCUGCUGGCCUUCCUCUUGGUUAUGUCCAUGCUCACCUGGCUGCCCUCUCUGACUCUGUCAGCGUGAAGGGAGAGCCGGAAACACAGAGCGGCUCACACGUGGUGGGAUGGGUUCGGGAACUGGUUUUGGGAUGUACAGUGUUCUCUUUGGCCAGGUUUGGGCGCUUCAGAUUAUGAUUUGAGAACAGGGUCUUGGACUAAAUAUUUCCAUCCUCCUCACACUGAUGCUGCUGAGAGAAGAGAAGAGGCAGAGGUGAGCUAGGAGUGUGGCUUCUGGUGUCCCUGCAUCCUAGAUGGGUGCAGUGCAAGGCCUGGAGCCGCAGAGAGAGGCGGCAUGGCUGGGAAUGUUAUACUGGAGUACAUCAAAGGCCAAACAUGCACUUCCUUCUGUUUCAUACUUUCUGCAGUUACCUGAAAUAGACUAAAAUUCUGACUGAUGUGGGAAUGCAAAACACUCACGGACUUGAAAAAAGUGAAAAAUACCAAAAUAGGCCAGAAUCUUAACAGACUUCCCCUUAGGAUGGCCACUGCUACAGGGAGGCAGCAGCCAGCACAGCCGAGUCAGGGCACUGCCCCUUUGUGCCCACGUGGUCAUGUGGGUGUUUAGACUAGCAGACUUCUAUCCUGCCUCACUGGAUUCUUUUAAGGAUUAAAUUAAACAAAGAUACAAAACACACACAUAAGCCAUUAUUUUUAUAGAGUUGAUACUGAACAUUCCUUAUGAGAGUUUUCUUUCUCAGAAUGUCAUCUCUAGAGGGCUAUUGUUAGUGAACUUUCUGGAAUGUCUGUGGGUGUGCAUUCAGAGCCUGCAGCAGUAUAUGCUCAGUGUUUAUACAGUUCUGGCUUCCCAGGAUAGACUGAAGUUUAGCAAACAGCUCAAAAUCUGAUGAUUAAGGAAGAUGAUCAAGCUGAUGAUGCUAUCUUUAAUUCUAAAAUGUAGCAUGGCUUAGUGUAGCAUGAUUCAACCAAUGGCUUUCUCACUGGGGAGAACUUUGGCUCUCUGAAGGCCAUGUUCAAGGAGGAACAAUGUCAGCCUUCUCUGUCCACCCAUGGGGACUACCACGGAAGAUGUUCAAGUUAUAUGGUUGCCUAGGAACCAGAGUAGGAAGCGGACAGAGUCUCCCUGUGCCAGGCUCUCGCCCCCAGGAGGGACAGUACUAAAGCCCGGGAGUUUCCAUCACUGUGGACAGUUAUACUAGACUUCCUCUGGGAGUGGAUAAGAAUACAAACAGAUGAACAGCCUUUGGGGAAUGCUGCCCAAAGGAUUUGGAGGAAGCCUUGGACUUAGUGUCAGAAGACCUGCACUGGGAAUGUUGUAUGGCCUUAACCAAGUAUCUGAGCCAUUUAGAACUUGGAGAUGAGACCACGCAUUGCCCUUUUAUAAACCAACCCCCCACACCUCACAGGGUUUGCUAUGAGCCUAAAAUAACAUGUGGUGAAAGUACUGUUAAUAAAUUGCAGCAUAGAUGUGAGGUGGUGGUCAUCAUUGUUUCCAGGAUCAUGUUGCUUGAGUCUUAUAUCACAAGGAAGUGCUUGCUUUAGUCUUGAGAAACUUCAGUGAACACCACAGCAUGUCUAAGGCUCAGGGCGCCCUGGGGCAGGUUUCUCUGCCCUCUGCACAGUCACAGGCUCGAGUGAACAGCACCUCCACAGGACGGGGUGCUGAUUCACAGGCAAGCCCAGGAGAGCAUUCCAUUGUCUUUGAGAGGCAGCACCAACUUUCAAAACAUGCUUUCCGUGACACCCUUCAAAAGAGUCAGAGGUGCGUCUCAGUUUUCUCAGACCAAGCACUCGGAGGAGAGUGAGGCCCUCAUUGGUUGGUUUGGGGAGUUUUCCCCUCAUUAAUUACAUAAGUGAAAUUCAUGAUCGGUGUUUGUAAAGUUCAUGCUCAGUGUUUAUAAAGUUCUGGCCUGUUGUCA